UUGUAUGGCACAGAUUUGCAUAAUAUGACACUUAUUCAGAACCUAAAUACCAUGUUAUACAAGGAAUAUCUGUUUGUGAAAGAUAUUUGUUUAAAUUAUUUAAAAUGUUUUCAGCCUUAUAUUUUAUAAUUUAUUCAGGUAUGAAAUCAAAAAAGAGAUUAAGCAAAUGUUUGUAACAUCUGUUUUAACAAUAAAUGACAUCCAGAAAAGCGAUGAAGGUGUAUUUACUUGUUUUGUAGAAAAUUUGUUUGGGCAAGAUCAACUACAUAUUAAAAUUACUGUUUUAGAACGUCCUCAACACCCAAUUGAAGUUAAACUAGAAAGAACUUGGAGUCGUAGUGCAAAAAUAACUUGGAGCAUUUUUUCAAAUAAUAAUAAUAAACCAUUGCAAUACAUUAUUGAAUAUUGGAGUAUUUCAGAUCCAGAAGGGAUGCAUAAAAAUAAUUCAAUUCCUGGUUCUGUAACAUGGUUUAUUAUAAAUGAUCUUCAACCUGCAUCUAAAUAUCGUGCUCAGGUUUAUGCGGAAAAUAAUAUUGGAAUAAGUCAGCCAUCUGAACAAAUUGUUUUUACUACUGGUAAUGAAGAACCUUCUGCAUCUCCUAAAGAUUGUCAUUUAGAAGAAGUUGGGGCCACUUAUGCUCGAAUUUCUUGGAGAGUAAGUUCUUUUUAUACUCUUAAGUGUAAAAUAUAUUUAGUACUUUAUCACAGUUUAUGCUUUUUUAGUCUAUAUUUAGUACUUAUGUAAACCAUGUUAAAAAAU